AUGCUUCACUGUUCUGAUUCUCCAAUCCUUUUCUCGUUCUUACUCUCAUUCCAAUCCUUAUUUCUUUCUCUUUCACCCAUGAAUCCUUCUUCUUCUCUCUCUAACUGCCAAUCCAUCAACUCUUUCUCUCGAAUCCAAUCUUUUUCUUUUUUCUCUCUCUCCAAUCCAUCCUCUUUCUUUUUAUCUCUCCAAUCCAUCCUCUCUUUCUCUCCAAUCCAUCCUCUCUUUCUCUCCAAUCCAUCCUCUCUUUCUCUCUCACCAAUCCAUCCUCUUUCUUCAAUACAUCCCCUCUCUCUCUCCAACCCAUCCUCUCUCUCUCCUAUCCAUCUUCUCUCUCUCUCCUAUUCAUCCUCUCUCUCUCCAACCCAUCAUCUCUCUCUCUCCAACCCAUCAUCUCUCUCUCUCCAACCCAUCCUCUCUCUCUCCUAUCCAUCCUCUCUUUCUCCAAUCCAUCCUCUUUCUUCAAUACAUUCCCUCUCUCUCCUAUCCAUCCUCUCUUUCUCCAAUCCAUCCUCUUUCUUCAAUACAUUCCCUCUCUCUCCUAUCCACCCUCUCUCUCUCCAAUCCAUCCUCUUUCUUCAAUACAUCCCCCCUCUCUCCCCAACCCAUCCUCUCUCUCCAAUCCAUCCUCUCUCUCCAAUCCAUCCUCUUUCUUCAAUACAUUCCCUCUCUCUCUCCAAUCCAUCCUCUCUCUCUCCAAUCCAUCCUCUUUCUUCAAUACAUUCCCUCUCUCUCUCCAAUCCAUCCUCCUUCUUCAAUCCAUUCCCUCUCUUCAACAUUCCUCUCUCUCUCCAAUCCAUCCUCUUUCUUCAAUCCAUCCUCUCUCUUCCAAUCCAUCCUCUCUCUCCAAUCCAUCCUCUUCUCUCCCCUCUCUCCAUCAACCCUCUCUCUCUCCCCAACCCAUCCUCUCUCUCUCUCUCUCGCCAAUUCAUCCUCUCUCUCUCUCUCCAAUCCAUCCUCUUUCUUCAUUGCAUCCCCUCUCUCUCCCCAACCCAUCCCCUCUCUCUCUGUCUCUCCAAUCCAUCAUCUUGGUCUUUCCAAUUCAUCCCCUCUCUCUAUCUGAUCCAUCCCCCCUCUCUAACCCACCCCCUCUCUCUAACUCACCCCCUCUCUCUCCAAUCUAUUCCUUCUCUCUCCAAUCCAUUCAAUCUCGAAUCCUUCCUCUUUGUCUCUCUCCAAUCCAUCUUCUCCCUUCAAUCCAUCCUCUUUCUUUCUCCAAUUCAACCUUUCUCUCUCUCCAAUCCACUGUCUUUCUCUAAUCUGUUUUCUCUCACUUUGCAAUUUUUCUUUCUUUCUUUCUUUCUUUCUUUCUUUCUUUCUUUCUUUCUUUGCCUCCAACCCAUCUCCUCUCUCUCUCUCUCUCUCUCUCUCUAA